AUGGAGCGCAACUUGAGCGUGGGGCUUGGCAACGAGUCUUCUCGGGGAGCAGCCGGGGGAAGCGGCGGGGAAGCGGCGGCGACCUGGGUUUUUGGUGCGGUCCUCUCCGUCAUGUGUGUAGCUGGCGUGACGGGCAACGUGUACACCUUGGCGCUGCUCUGGCGCUCGGGCCGGGGCGCCCGGAGCGCGCCCUUGUCCGGCUCCAUUGCCAGCCUGGCGCUGGCCGACCUGCUCUACCUGUGCUCCAUCCCGUUCAUCGUGGGCACGUCGGUGGCCCAGGACUGGUACUUCGGCGAACUGGGCUGCCGCUUCCUGCUCAGCCUGGACCUGCUCACCAUGCACGCCAGCAUCUUCACCCUGACCGUCAUGUGCACCGAGCGCUAUCUGGCCGUCACCCGGCCGCUGGCCGUGCGCUACCGGGCGCCGCGCUUCCGCAGGAUCACCGCCGGCGCCGUCUGGGGGAUCUCGCUGCUGCUGACCCUGCCCAUGAUGCUGAUGGUCACCCUGAGCCAGAGCGGCGACGGCAAGCAUAUCUGUGCCCCGACCUGGAGCCCCGCCGCCUUUCGGCUCUACCUGACGGUUCUUUUCAGCACCAGCAUCCUGGCCCCCGGGCUGCUCAUUGGCUGCCUCUACGCCCGCCUGGCCGCCACUUACUUGGAGUCGCAGAAGAACCCGCCGCGCAAAACGGGGCCCAAGCGCUCUCCCCGCCAGAAAGUUCUCAUCCUGGUCUUCACCAUCGUGCUGGUCUUCUGGGCCUGCUUCCUGCCCUUCUGGAUCUGGCAGCUGGUGUCCCUCUACCACGGCCCCCUGGGGCUGCCGCUCCACAUCCAAAAGUAUAUCAACUACCUGGUCACCUGCCUGACCUAUAGCAAUAGUUGUAUCAACCCCUUCCUUUAUAUCUUGCUGACCAGGAACUACCGAGAGUACCUUCGGAACCAGCAUCGGAAGUUCUACCGCUUCACCUCUUCCUUUCGCAAGAAGGGCUCCAACUUGCACUGUUCUUGGAGACGAUCGUCCUCUUCGGGCACCCAGUGUGAGUCUGGGACGGAAGGCCUGGGGAUGGCUGUACUAAAGGACUGCAAAUGAACUCUUCCUUGUUGGGAACGGUUUCUAAAGACCAUCCAGGUGGGCCCGGAGCAAGGUGAUGGCGACGUCUUUGAGGUUGUGCUGACGAACUAUGACUAGCCAAGUAUUUGAUAGAUCGCAGGCUGGUCUGGUCAAUCCUCAACCUGCAUGUAGCCCUUUACACAAUAUGCCACUAAGGACUGGCAGUACGUCAUCAACAUCAGACUGCAGGACCCAGGUCAAGACCAAUGUUUUCAAGAUGUAUUUAAUAAAAAAAAAAACAACUCUCCAACAAUUUAUCACUUGUAGGAACCUGCUCUGAAAAGUGGAUGCAGUUUUAAAAAUGUCAUCACUCAGACUGCAACAACGGUAGUUGUACUGAACACCUGGGUGCACCAAGAUUGCUUUUGAUGAAAACCGUGAGACCAUUUCAGCAGCCCUCCAGGCCAAAACAAAAGCUAUGCAAGCUGGCAUUUAUCAUCUAUCGCAAAGAUACACAGUUUAAAAUAUCUGCAGUGCAAAGUACAGGAGAAACUGCAAGAAAUGCAGGCUGAGCUACCGCUGAGCAGGCUGAACAGAUGGAAUGCUGUGUAGACAUGCAUGCACCGGAGAGUUCUUCAGCGCCAUAAAAGCAGUUUAUGGUGCUUCUAAGUCAGGAUGUUCCCACUUGCUGUUGUCUCCUGGAGUUGAACCGAAUCAUCUGCCCAGGGAGAAUGAGAACUACUGGGCUGAGCACUUUUCCAAACUACUGAAUAGUUGAUCCUGAUGUCUUACAACAGAUAUCCUGACAUUCCUCCGCUGCCAGUCUUGGGUGCCUAGAUCUGCCUCCUUCUACUGAUGAGAUCAGGAAAGUGAUUUUACAUAUGAACUCAAAUAAAGCAACAGGGCAGGAUAGCGUUCUACUGCUGUGAUCUACAAAGCCCUCAAACUCUUUACAGAUAUUCCAGUACAUCUUGGCAGAUACCUGGCUCUUAGAAGAGAUGCCUGAAAAUUCUGCGAUGCCUUCAUUGUGGCUUUCUAUGAAACUAAGAGAAGCAAAUCAGACUGUGGAAAGUACAGGGUAUCUCACUGCUGUCCAUCGCAGGCAAAGUUUUUGCCUGCAUUCUCUCUACAAACUUGUCACUUCUUGGAAAGGAACCUCUCAGGGACACAGUGAUGGGCUAGAACAAAGUACAGCAGACAUGAUAUUUACCAUGAAACAAAUCCAUCAAAAGUGCAUUCAACAAGCAAACUUCUUGUCUGUCUUUAUUGACCUGACAAAGGCAUUUGACACUGCAAACAGGAAGGCUCUCUGACUCAUCCUGAGAUGUUAUGGAUUUCCAAGGAAAUUCAUGAAGUUGAUUCAGCUACUCCAUGAUGGAAUGACUGGACAAAUCCUUUACGAUGGUGAUACAUCAACUGCAUUUGCCAUUUCCAAUGAGGUGAAGCAAGGUUGUGUGUUAGCUGCAACCCUGUUCAAUCUAUUCUUCACUUGCAUAUUAUUUACAUGCCAUCCAGGGUCUCUUUGAUCUCACUGCUUAAACCCACAAGUGAAGUGCCUCCAUACAGUCAUUCAAGAAACCCUUUUUGCUGAUGACUGUGCUCCUAGUGCACAAAGACAGUGGCUGGCAGUUGAUACUGAACAAAUUAUAAGACACUGCUAUGCUCCUUGGCCUGAUUACCUGCCUGAAAAAGAGCUGGUAGCUUUAUCAACCUGUACCAAAUACCAGCCACAUUGGUAUUUGAUCCAAAAAUCAUUGUUGAUGAUACCCAGCUGACAAAUGUAAGAAGUUUCAAAUACUUGGGAAGCAAGUGAUGGGUCUUUGGAAGGAGAAAUUAACUCCAAAGGUCAACCAGACUCUGUACUAGCGUUCUCAGUCAACACAAUACCCUUAUCUCCCCAAAUCUGAAAGUCUACAGAGCUGUGGUUAUCCAUGCUCUCCUAUAUGGAUAUGAAUCCAGGAUUCUGUAUCAAACAUCUGGAGAAAUUUGUUGGAAGGCAUGGCUCCAGCCUGGAGGUUUUGAAUCACAGGGAGUCCACCAGCAUUGACCCAAUUUGGUGAGUGGGAUAUGUCAUCAGAAUAGACAUCCACCAUAUAUCCUGCCAGUUGCUCUCUAGUGUAUUGGAGACUGGAAAGAGACCUCAGGGCCAUUACACAUGUGCUAUGAAGAUGCUGUGUGAAAGAAACCCUCUACUGCUGUCACAUCUGGCCAAGGGAACUAGAAGUUAUGGCUGCUGACACAACUUGCUGGCAAGCUCUGUGUUAUGAAGCCUUCACUGGGUUUGAAUAGACAACCAUUAGUGGCAUCAAACAAUAAUAUUCAUAGCUAUUAUAAUGGACUUCCAGUUCCCUUUUAUGCUGUAUUCUGCGCUGCCAGACUGCAGAGCAAUCUCUGAGUUCACAGAUGAACUGCACAAUAGUAUGUCUUUUUCUACUCUGAAG